AUGCGGUCAUCUAUGUUGCUGCUUUUGCGAGAGAUGUUGCGGAUGGUCAAGAGAUGGGCAGGCCUUUUUGCCACGGUGUCUCUUAUUAUGGUUUUUGUUCAGACGGUGGUGGUGUAUCUGUAUGCCCCUAUGCUUUCCCGCGUGCCGACGUUCAUUGACGUUCUUCUGACGUUUAUUGCCGCGUCGGCGUUCUUCAUGACGGUGUGGUCGCUGGCUUUAUUAACCACGAGACAUCCGGGGGUGACGCCGUCGUGCCUUGCUGAGGAGCGCAUGGAGGAAUUUAUGCGUGGGGUGCUUGCAGAUGUUGUGCAGCGAGGCGAUGCGGAUGAGACGCAUGAGGAGGGGGUCAACGGGGAAAAAGGCACCGUCUCCCACGACAUCGCCGCAGCGGAGGCGAAGGAUUGGCUGGAGGAGGGCCACAGUGUCAACAGGGCAGUUGCCGCCGUGCAAGAGCCGCAUUUACGCAGCGCUAACGCCCAUCAGGAUUCAACAGACAUUGCAGUGGAUGUUAUGAACGCUGCGGAGGACUUACAGGUGCAACAAAAACAACAACAUGAAGGGCAGCAGAAGCAGCAGCAGCAGCAUCAGCGAAUAACUGAUGGGAGUUACAAACGUUGCCGUCGUCAUCACAAUUUCGGUGGUGCUGACGGCAAAGAUUUGGAAGGUUCUUCCGGCAAGUUAUGGUUGCCGCACCGGAAUAUCUUUUUGGUCGCUUCCGACGCCCUUGCGGCUCUUGACCGCUCUACCGAAAGCUGUGAACAGGAGAUGUCAUUUCUUCUUGGAGGGGCCCGGCGCUGUCGCUUUUGCCGCAUCUACAAAAUUUCUGAGACGCAUCACUGCUCGAAGUGCCGUAUCUGUGUGUAUGAGAUGGACCACCACUGCCCGUGGAUAGGUCAAUGUAUCGGCCACGACAAUCAUAAGCAUUUACUCCUGUUCAUGAUCUACCUUAUCGUUUUCCUGGGGACAUCUUUGCUGCACAUUUUGGUUUUUAAAGACAAAGGGCGUACCUCUAUUCUUUUAGAGGACACAUCUUCAAUUUUGCUAUUUGUGGUUAUUUUAUCUGGAACCUUCAUAAUAAUCCUACUGGUGUUUUUUGCGCAGGAUUUGUUUUUAUUGGGAAAAGGCGACAGCACACUGCGACUGUUGCGACGGGAGGAGCGCAGAGAUUAUGAGUCGCGGCGCCGCGGGGCGUAUGCCUUUUUGAUUGACGAUAACAGCGACAGCGGCGAUGGGGUUGCGGCGCGGAGGUUUGAUUUCAAGAACUUGCGUCGUGUGUUUGGCACGGGCUCCGUGUGGCCGUGGUGGUUCCUGCCGCUGCGGCCCCAACGACCGUCGCCGGUGGAACAGGAAGCUGAGCUUUGGGCCGCGCACAGAGCGAUUGCGCUGCGACAGCUGCGGGCAAUAGCGGACGCCGAUGAUACCAGCGGCGGCAGCAGCGAGGAGGAGAUGAAGGAGGAAUAG